UCUAAAAUUAGGAUGCCAUCCGUCAACCAAAUUCUAAAGAAAAGAAGCAGAAGAAGAAGAAGAAGAAGGUGACGUCAUUGUUGUGCGACCGGAGGAGAAAUGGCGAGCGGCAAGAAGAGUGUACUUCUCUCUUCUUUGGCGGAAUAUGGAGACGACUCGGAGCCAGAUUCCAACCCAGAGACCGAAGAAACAGAGAGCCAUGGAGUAGGUCUGGUGUCGGCUGCCUAUGGAGAGGAUGACAUUAGCCGGAUUGAGGAUGGCGACGACAAGGCAUCUGGAGACGAGGAACGUGGGGAGAGCUCCCGCAACUCUGAAAUGGAUGAGUCUGACGAGGGGGGAGACACAGAUGAUUAUAAGGAGAUCCCAGAGGCAGAGAGGAGGGACCCCAAUGAGCUGGUUGCUCUGUUCUCGGAGAAGGUGAGGAAUAUGUCACCUGACAAGAUCCGGAUCCCCCCUGAACCACCAGGACGCUGCUCCAGUCACCUACAGGUGAAGAUCCAGAAGCUGUAUGAGAAGAAUCUACAUGGAGGCUUUGACACAAACAACCACAUUCAGAGGAAAAAAGAGUUCAGGAAUCCCAGUAUCUAUGAGAAACUCAUCCAGUUCUGUGGCAUUGAUGAACUGGGAACCAACUACCCUAAAGACAUGUUUGAUCCCCACGGCUGGACAGAGGACUCCUACUAUGACGCACUGGCCAAAGCUCAGAAAGCAGAGAUGGAGAAACUGGAGAAAGCCAAGAAGGACAGGACGAAGGUGAGGGACACGGGCGUUUUAUUUGACUUGAAGAGGGCACCUGAGAUUGAGUUUGUGACGGCCACUAAGAAGGGCAGCAACCCCACCAACGCAGCAGUUCCCACAACCAAUACUGCUGCUGCUACUACAGUCACAGGUACAGUCACAGAAGCUCAGAAGAGGAAGAGUAAGUGGGACUCUGCGGUGCCGGUGACCCUGGCCCAGCCCACCCUGCUCACUACCACGGCAACCCUGCCAGGGGUCGUCUCCGUGACGACCACCGCCAGCGGAACCAAGACCACCGUAAUCUCUGCCGUGGGCACCAUCCUGAAGAAAGCCAAGCAGUGAACAGGCACGAGGAGGAAGUGUGUGUUUUGGAUGGAUGGAUGGAUGGAUGAGAACGUGUGUAAGAGAGAGAAGUGUGUUGGUGUAUGGUCCUGUGUGACUGUAUUGCUAAAAGAAUGAAGAGUGAGAGAGAAUGUCUUCAGACAAUAUGGACGUCACAUUUCUAUAUUCAUCCCUCCUUGCCAUACAAGACCUUCUCUCCUUCUGUCUCUGGGAUGAUUGGAUUUAUAGCAUAUGGUCAAAGGACUCAAUCCUGAUUUGAGAUUUAAUAAGACUCUUUGUCUGUACAUUUUUAUGAAUAUCAAUGUGAGGCUCCUUUUUCAUCCAGCUCUCCAGUCAGCACUCUGUUGAAGUUAUCCAUUGAUCUGUUUGUGUUUCUGUCAGCUAGAAACUGGGUUUAGAUGUUAGCUAAUGACUGUCCAUUGGGAAAACCAUCCUACCUAGGAAGUAGCCUAGUUAUGGGAUAAGAUAUUAGCCUCAUGUCUGAAACUUGGAGAGGUUGUCUCUCUGUUACUUCCUCCUGUAAAUGGUUUCUUUCUUCCUCCUGUAAAUGGUUUCUUUCUUCCUCCUGUAAAUGGUUUCUUUCUUCCUCCUGUAAAUGGUUUCUGUCUUCCUCCUGUAAAUGGUUUCUUUCUUCCUCCUGUAAAUGGUUUCUUUCUUCCUCCUGUAAAUGGUUUCUUUCUUCCACCUGUAAAUGGUUUCUUUCUUCCUCCUGUAAAGUUGUUCCUUUAUCCUCCUGUAAAAUGGUUUCUUUCUUCCUCCUGUAAAAUGGUUUCUUUUAUCAUCCUGUAAAGUUGUUCCUUUAUUCUCCUGUAAAAUGGUUUCUUUCUUCCUCCUGUAAAGUUGUUCCUUUAUCCUCCUGUAAAAUGGUUUCUUUCUUCCUCCUGUAAAAUGGUUUAUUUUAUCAUCCUGUAAAGUUGUUCCUUUAUUCUCCUGUAAAAUGGUUUCUUUCUUCCUCCUGUAAAUGGUUUCUUUCUUCCUCCUGUAAAUGGUUUCUUACUUCCUCCUGUAAAGUUGUUCCUUUAUCCUCCUGUAAAAUGGUUUCUUUCUUCCUCCUGUAAAUGGUUUCUUACUUCCUCCUGUAAAUGGUUUCUUACAGUAUCCACCCACCUGUUAUGGUAAAGUAUAUCUUUGUAUUAUUUUUGGGCUUUACAACAUGAUUUCCUGUCUACCCACAGUGAAUCUGUACUAUAUCCUGGACUGUGUUUUGAGAAUGUACUUGGAUGCGGUCUAGUAAGGCUGAAAGGGGAAUACUCAGACUAUGGACAUUUGCAUCAACGUUUCUUGCCUCAUUUAAUUUUAAAUGACCUAUUCAAAGAGUUUAAGGGGAAUAUUUUUUACAAAUGUACAUAUAUAUCACUGAUGAUGAUGAUGAUGAUGGUACGGUCAAUAAAACAAACGUCAUACUGCCUUUUCAA